UAUGGUUACAACUUACAAUAAGAAUUUCAAGAGAAAAUAAUAAAAUCCAGGAAGAAAUAGUAGAGAGAGAGAGAGUCACCAGUCUAGAGAGAGAGAAAGAUGAGUGCAAUGAGCUCAGUGGCGAUGGCUCAGUCUCAGAGCCUUCACAAGGUGUUCGUGUACGGCAGCCUCAUGGCGGAUGACGUUUGCAGAGUCCUCUUAAAUCGCGUCCCUCAAUCUUCCCCUGCCAUCCUCAAUGGCUACCAUAGGUAUAGCAUCAAAGGACGAGUUUAUCCGGCGAUUCUACCGGUUGAGAAUGACAAAGUUACUGGCAAGCUCCUGUUGGGCAUCACAGAUCCUGAAUUACACAUUCUGGAUGAAUUUGAGGAUGUUGAGUAUGAGAGGAGCACUGUUGAGGUCUCCUCGGUGGAUAGUUCUGACAACUUGUUAGUUCAAGCUUACGUUUGGAGCAACAAAAGUGAUCCAAAUUUGUAUGGAGAUUGGAAUUUUGAGGAAUGGAAGCAAAUACACAAGAAAGAUUUUAUCAAGAUGACUACGGGUUUCAUAGAAGAGCUGGAGCUGCCUGAAGCAAAGCCGAGAGUUGCAACAUAUGAAUCAUUUUUUCAGCAGGGUCCUGAGAAUCCUGCCGCGUCGUGAUUCUAUAUUCGAUUUGUAGAUUCUGAUCCAUAUAAACAAAACAACAUCUACCAUUCUAUGAUUUAUAUAAAUGCUAUCCAGUGUGUUAAUAAUCGAAAUAACUUGUUUGAGGCAAUGGUGGUCAGGGCAAACUGUUUAUUACCCAUUUGUUUGUAGGUUUUGUUUUGUUUUGUUUGGUUGGCUGAAGGUUUGGGCCAGAUUCAAUAUUCUACUUUUCUCAUUAUCUUGAUUGGAAUUUAUAUGUUUCCAGAGCAA